AUGUCCAAGGGAGCAAGGAGAAGUCGCUCUGUGCCGGAGAGUUGCGAGUCCUCAUCCGCGGAAGCGGAGGCUGGACAGCGGAGCCGCAGCCGCUGGACGUCAAGGCGAUCCAGCGACGUUUCCGAGGACGAGCGGAGGGCGGUGGCGGCGGCGUACGGCAAAGCGCACGGCACGGAAGCCGCGGCGGCGAAGACUCGGCUGGUGCCGUUCUUCGCUUCAUCUUCUGCCGCCGCCAGCGCCGGUGGUGCCGCUGAAAUUCGGGAAACGUUCGGUGCGGGACCGGCUGAGCUGUCCGGGGCGCUGACCUACACCGCCGCCGAAAGUAGCGCCGUUGCCGCCGCCGCAGCUGCCGCAGCCGCGGCUCGCCGACCCGCGCUGCUGGCGCAUUCAGCGGAAGGUUGCGUUGCAUCGACUCUGCAGCUCUCCCCACCUCGGCUAGAUGUGCUGCGGGACCGCGUCCCGCGGCCGUCCCGUUUGGCGGCUGCAGGCAGCACAGCGCCGCCGCCGGCUGCUGCGGAAUCAUCACCGCCUCAUGACUUGUACGACAGGAACUACUAUAGCAGUACGGCUGGGAGGUGUCUCGACAUCUGGCAUCAGGCUCUGGCGCCGCGGUCAACAGCUCAGCACGAGACCAACGACCUGCCGGAUCAACAUUUAGUAGUGAUGGGUUCGUCGUCGUCGGCGGGUACGGCACCGAUGGCCCCGCCGCCGCCCCUGUCGCCGUCAUCUUGGCGCCGUACCUCCGACACAGCGAACGUGGACGAGAGUACGGCCGGUGUUGCUGGAAGAUUGCAUUACGGCAACCGCGGCGUGAUUCACAGGGGUCACAGCCGACGGCCACAUCGGCAUGGCGGUGGCGGCAGCGCCGUCGCUGUCGCCGCCAUGUACGUGCCAGAACGCCAGAGACCGGUCACUUCUAUGCAGCCGCCGCCGGCGCCGCCGCUGCCUUCUGGUGCCUACGACGACGGGCUGGUUAGGAUGCAGUCUGACAUAGGGCCCAGCUGCCCCGACCUAAGGGAUUGUCGCCACGCCAGCUGGGGCUCGAGUAACUCCCUGGACGCCCUGAUGCCGUCCAGUACCGUUGAACCCACCAUCACCAUUCCGGCCGCUACCAGGACAUCCACACCCACCGCCGGCUUGUGUGUGCCACCGCCGGCCCCGCCGGGUCCCACCGCACAGCCGGGCAGGGGACAGGGCUCCCCGGGUGCUGCGCAUGCGCAUGUACAUUCGGACCCUGCGGGCUUAGGGUCAGUAUCCCUGGCUGGGGCUGGGGGCGACGCGGGGGGUGUCGUACAGGCUCAGUACGGCGGCGGUACCGGGAGCGCCGCAGGUGUCCGCUGCGAUGACGGGGAAGAGGAGGACCAAGAGGAGCUGUCGCUGCCGCCUUUGGCCAUGGCGCGGUCCUGGAGCUGCGAGAACUUGGCUGGGGGGCCCAGCACGUGGGCGGACUGUCGUACAGCGGUAGAUGAGCCGGGGCCCCCUCUGCAGCCUUCCUCUCCUUUGCGAUCAUUGGCCUCUUUAGCGCAGCCUCAGUCGCCACAGCCGCUGUCGUCGGCCGAGAGGAUAUCUGUGGUGGUGGUGGUGGCGGCGAGCCUGCAGACUCAGAGCAGCCAAGAAGAUACGGGGAAGGACUCCACUCGAGGCGCAAGGCAGGAACAGGCUCAAGGUCAAGCCCACUGUCAAGGUCAGGGCCAGGCGCCUUUGCCGCCGCUGCCGCCGUUGCCGCCAGCGCCUGCAGCGGCAACGGGGCCACAGCAGCAGCAACGAGUUAGGCACUGGCUCGAUCAGGAUUCAAGCCAAAGCCUGAAUCCGGAUCCAGAAAAAAAUCUGGAUCCCGACGCCCAGCUGGAUUUGCUGCUACAGCAGCUGAUCAGGGCGGCGGCGCCAGCAGGAUACGGUCGCUCCGACACCCAAGAUCCUCCGUACGUUUCCAAUCGAGGUCGUUCGGGGCGCGCUCCGGCGGGUCCACCGUCGCAGCAACAGGCGCGCUUGCCGGCCGUCGCCAACGCCGCCGCCAUUGCUGCCGCCGCCAGCGUUCAAGGAAGUGUCGUACGGUGCACGUCAGAUUGGACGACGGAGCAGUCGGCGACGUUGGCGAUGGCAACGGCGGCGGCGGAGGAGGAGGCCGAGGCGGCGGCGGAGCAGGCGGAAGGUCAGAUUUUUCGGACAUCCAAAUUCCUCCCAACGCCGCCUCCGGGGUCCAUAUUUGCCAGCGCAGGCAGGCGGGGGCUUGAAGCCUGGGCCAACGCCGCAGCGGCGCUGGGCCCCGGCGGGCCGCCGCCGCCGCCGUACUGGGCACGCCGCCGCCCAUUAGUGACGUCACCAACGAGGCACCGCAACAGUGGUGGCGGCGGUGGCGGCCGCUUGUCCAGCUCAGCGUCCAAUAUGAUGGCCCCGCGGCCACAGCUGGGCUGGCAGGUCCGGCCGGGCGCUGCCGAAAUGUGGAGAAGUGACGGCGGCGGCGGCGGCCGUACAUCUGCUACCAGUAACGUACUUGCGGCGCCGCUUCACGGCGCCUUCGCGGCGCACCCGACGGGGUAUCUUGGGAAGACCGCUGUCCAUGGGGCCCGUACGCAGCUCUUUGAGAAUUGGGGCGCGACGGCGGCGGCGGCGGCGGUGGCGACAGCUGCGAUUAGCAGCGGCGGCGGGCGUGGGACGAUCGGUGAACCUGACGAUGAUGACGAGACGAGCUGUCGAAUUAGGCAGCUGGCGGCGCGGCGGCGGAGCCGCGCCGGUACAGCGGGCGCUUCUGGAACUUGCACCUCCGCCUCCGCCAUCGUCUCCGCGUCUGCCGCGGCUUUGGCGAUGGCUGCUGACGCCGCCCCAUCGGCGGCCGCUGUGGCGGACCGCCGUCGCCGGCUCUCGGAGUCCGGCAUGGGCUCACGUUCAGGUGGUUGGGGUUUCGGCGCAGGCGCCGCUCCUGUUGCGUACGGUAGUGGCAAUGCUGACGUCACCACCAAGGCGCGCGGCAUGUCGAACAGCACCAACGGCGUCGGUGGCAGCGGACGAGACGCAAUCGUACGAUACGCGCUGUCGGAGCUGUCGAAGCUCGAGGCGCUGAUCCGCGUGUCGAACAUGACGCCCGACGACGCAGCUGCUGUACAACAGGUAGUCCUAACGGAACUGUUGGAGCGCAUCAACAAUUCUUCUACCACUGCCGCUACUGCCGCUCCUGCGGCGGCGGCGGCGGCGGACGGUACGACGCUUGGCGAGAACAGAGGAGAAGUCGGUCGUGGUGGCGGCGGCCGAAGCCGACCGGGUGGAGGUGGCGGAGGUGGAGGUGGCGGAGGUGGAGGCGGAGGUGUAUCUGAAGUAACCCCCAGCAGUGUCGUGGCGGACAUGUGGAGCGUGUUGAGCCUCUGCUUCGACGGCGCUGGUCCGCCUCUGUCACCCUCCGGGGAGUUUGGUCACCACCAUCAUCAGCGGCAGGAACAGCAGCAGAAGCAGCAGGAGCGUGGAGGAGGGGGUAAAGGGGGCGGGAUGCAGCCCGAACAGCCCCCGAAGGAGCUGCUGCAGCAGCAAGGGGUCCAGCAACAGCAGCAGCAGCUGCAGCUGCAGCGGCGGCGGCGGCGGCCGCAAUCCGUAUCGCGAUCCGAGCCAGGUAUCGGUCUGGAGCUGUCCCGUAGCGCACCCCUGCAUGCUAGAGAAACCGGCUUCCUCGGCAACGUGUACGGCAGUAGUCAUGGCCAUGCACAGGACGAGGCGGGCGCAGUUCUGGCGGCGGCGCCGCUUGGUGCGGCGGGGAGUAUGCCGUACAGCUUUGGCUGCAAUAGCAGUAGCUGCAGCGACGAUGGCAGCGGCGGUGGUCAACGGCGCUGCGGCCGGUUCCCGCCCCCGGAUCGCCCGCGGCCAGCGGCGGGGCCGUCGGCGGCGGACUCCGGCACCGACGGAUACGGCGGCGGCGGCGGCGGCGGUGGCAAUCGCCGCGGCGGUGCGUACGGAUGGCGCUCCGGGACAAGUGGCGGAGGCGGAAGCAGCAUCUUCGGAUCGUGCGACAAUCAGUUCGAUAUGCUGGACAAAUGGCUGGACCAGGUGGUUACGCUGCAUCUGUCAGCGGAAACAUCAUCCUCUGUGACGGAACCGGCGGCGGCGCUGGCGGCGUUGGCGUUGGCGGCAGCACCUGCCGGCACCACCACAGUCGGCACCACCACUGCCAGAUCUGGCGGCGGCGGCGACGGACACAGCAGCGAGUUGCGUGCCGUACAUGCCAACACCUCCACGGUGCCGUCGCGCCUCGCCGGCGUGGGCAUCACAGAUCUCGCUGUGGCCGAUGAGCCGCCACAGACAUUACCAUCAACGCUUCAACUCAACCAUCAACAGCUUUCGCCGCGACCACCAGCACCACCACCAGCACCACCGCCACCGCCCGCGCCAACGGCGGCACCAACGGCGGCAGCGACCCAACCUCGGGAGGAUGUCGUACCGUCGUCCUUAUCAGGGCAGACACAGCUGUACGGCAGCGGCGUCUCCAUUCCAUGCAGCCCGGGUACCUUUGCAGUUUACAGCCAUUUCUACAACCAACGAAAUCUGGUCGCUAUGGCUCUCGAGCCGGCCGCUCCGCCCGCUGCGGCAGCAGGCGUUGUUAUAUCUCCAAGCAAGCGGCGGCGGCGGCGGCCCAGGCGGCAGCCUCGGUACGGCAUGCAGGUAUGCGGUAGUAGCGACGGCAGCGGCUUGUGCGAAGACGUUGAUUCGUCGGACCGUUGGGGCCAGGAAGAGGAUGACGGCGCCGCUGGUGUCCGAGGCGGCAAAGACGCAGAGCCGCCGCCGCCCAAGUUGCCUGCCACUCUUCUAGAGCAAAACUGCGGGAGAGCUACGGUGCAGGAGACGGCCGUACAAACCGCUGCAGAAGCGGGACCGGGGCAUAUCCGUACAGAACAGACGCAAGCGACGGAGCCGAAGGCUGUAGCGCCGGUGCCGCUGCAGCCUUCGCCGCCGCCGUCGCCGCCAACUGCGAUAAGACCGCGGCCACCGCCUUCACCUCCAGGCCCUCCGCCGCUGCCACUUUUCGUACAAGCUCAUGCGCCGGCGGUCGUGCGCCCGCCACAACUGCUGCCGCCGCCGCCGCCCCCUGGCCCGCCGCCGCCACCACCUGUCGCGCACGCUGUCGUUGCGCGACCGGCGAUUCUACCGCCGCGUCCGCCACCGCCGCCGCCGCCGCCGCCGGUCAUCGGCCGCGUCAAGUCCCUGCCAGUGCUACAUCCGCUUCAGAAUGUGCCGCCGCCGCCGCCGCCGCCGCCGCAAUCGUCUUCUCAACCUGGCCGUACUGCGGAUCAGCUACAGCAGGAUCGGCAGCAGCAGGGCCAGCAAAUCCAGCAGCAUGAGCUCCUUCCGCCACCGCUGCCUCUGCUGCCAUCGCGUCAUCGGGGCACCCUGGUCGGUCCACCGCCGGCUGCCGGCCUCGCCAAGCGCAUGGGCAGCUCCUACGGGGUGCAGCGCUAUCCGAAGGUCAUCGCGCUGCAUCAGGAGCUGCGAAGGGCCCUCAUGGCCGCCGCCCAGCCAGACGGACCGCGAGGGGGGGGAGCCGCCGGAGCCGGCAAAGGAAGUGGCAAUGGCUGGCGGGGCGGCGGAACGGCCGGCGGCGGGUCAGCGGGCUCUGGUCGGCUGGUGGAUGAAAUGAACGCAAAGUCGGCCUACCAGCGGCAGGUGGCAGAGCACGCGGAGAGGUUCCUGCCGCUGCUGUCCGCCUGGGCCGCCCGUAUUGAGUCCUUCGACCCCCCCGCGAUGUCCGCUGUGGUGGAGCUGGUGGAUCUGAUGGACGCCGAGCUGGGGCAGCUGUGUGACGAGGUGGGUACGGGGGCGCAUGAAGGCGCUUGGCUUUCGCUGAGUGUGCCGUGUCCCCGAGUGUAA